AUGGUUAACAGGGUUGAGAGGCCACAUCAGCGUAAUUAUUAUUCUUCUUCACAACAUAUUUUUUUGGGUGUGGUAUUCCAAGCUCACGCCGUUGUGAGGCCAAUUAAGAAGAAAAACACAGAGGAAGAAAAGAGAAUAGAACGGAAAGAAAAGUGUGUUGCAUCUCGUUACCAUGACCACGGCUCAUCACAUAACGGCGAGGGGGGACGGUGUUCCCCCCGUGUUAUUGGCGUUGAAGUGCAGACACAUAGGCAACGAACAUGCAUCCACGUUAGAAUCUAUGGUGCUCUAAUUCUAUUCAACUCUACAUCAAUCCAUAUUGAAGAUUCUGGUCUUCAUCGCAGUCAUGGAGCUGCAAACUCAAAUCUUUUCCGGGAGUACAUUGGUGCUGAAUCUGACUCGGUUAAGUUAUCAGAUGUUCCUAUCAACUCUAAAGUUGAAGUUCAUUUUAUCCUAGCAUUCGCAAUUGAUUACACCUCAGAUAAUCACCCGUCAUCCACCAAUGGUAAAUUCAAUGUUUUCUGGGAAACUAAAAAUUUGGGUCCUUCGGCAAUAGCAUCGGUCAAAGCCAAGAACUCUAAUGUCAAAGUGGCUGUUAGCUUGGGUGGCGAUAGUGUUGUUCAUGAUAAAAAUAAGUUUUAUGCGUAUGAUCAGAUUAGUGUUUCACAGUUUGUAAAACACUUUCAUCAUCAACAAGCUUCAAGUUAUAAAGGACGUCAGCUUCUAGCAAGCUUCAUAAGCAAAGGUAACUUAGGUUUGCCUCCUAAUAAGGGAUUCUUUGAGGCCUGCAAAGAGUUGAAGAGAGAUGGAAAGCUCGGAGGCAUAUUUGUUUGGUGUGCAGACGAAUCCAAAGAGUUCGGUUUUAGAUAUGAAAAAGCUGCUCUGGCCUUAUUGGCAGCAUGA